GUCCGCCAUAUUGACUGUUGUCUUUUGCCUUGAGAAGAAGAUAAGCGAGAACAUUUGCUUGGAAAAGGAAAAACGAUUAAACAAACAAACAAAAAGACUGGACUCCGCUUUUCCGUUGGACUCGUAAAUCAGCGCCAGUCCGUGCCGAGGUGGAAUUUAUCGAGAUGGCGAGGAAGAAGAGCAAACAGGCCGGAGUUGGGAAUAAAGAGCAGAGUUUGUCGAAGAGCCCCGGCGGAGGAGGAGAUGCAGGAGCAGCAGCCAGGAGCACUCAGUCGGUGCACACGUGCUGCUUGCUGUGCCAUCGGGAGUUCAAGGACUGGGGCUCGGGUAUGGCCAACGGGCUCCCGGGCCACGGCUCCAAGCUGGCCGACGCCGUCCCGGCGCUCUCGCAGGCCCUGCUGAGGGAGGCGCCCGGGCGCAAGCUGGCAGACGCCGUGCCUUCGCUGUCUCAGUCGCUGCUGGGCGAGGUGCCGCUGUGGAUCUGCCAGAGCUGCCGCAAGAGCGUCGAGGAGGAGGAGCGGAGGGCGGUCCAGGAGCAGAGCGCGCCGGCGCCGCUGUCCCACUCGUCCUCGUGCAAGUCGCAGAAUUGUGGGAAUGGUUACCCGGAGCAGAACUCUGUGGACUGGGAUCCCAGUUCCUUCCUGUCGGCCCGGAAGCUCUCGGGUCUUUGGAACUCUACACACACGAACACGGGACCUCACUGCACCCACGGCACUGCGACUCACUCUCAGCAAGCAGGCGGAACGGCAGGACCAACCUGUCACGAUAAACGAUCGUCUCACGAGGCGUCCGGGACCAAAGUGUGUCCCUACAGUCACCCGGCGUCCCCCGGUGCCACCUCCACGGCUACGCCACUCUCUACCUCCGCUGAGCUCUGCAAGACCUCGGCCAAGCACUUCAAAACCAUGUGUAGGAGACCGACUCCUCCAGGUGAAGCGUUUCAUCCGAACGAGCAGCACCAGCCGUCGGCGGAUCUGUCCGUUCCGCCCAACAGCCCGACGGGUCUCUGCUCUUCCCAGAAUUCAUCUUUGCUGCCGCCUUCCACCAAACCCACGUCCAAUCAGCACGCUCCAUUCACUCCGCUAGCGCCGAGCCCCGGGGCCAAGCACUCGGUCGGGCAGGACAAACCCAGCACCUGCAAAAAUGCCAAAAUGAGCUCCUCCAUGAUGGGCUGCAAUCAUCCGUGUAACGGACACAACACCAACGGCGCCAACGCCGCCUCCGCGAACGCGGCUCCUCUCGCAGCCAGCUCGUGCAGGGACCAGGCGUGUAAAGGGCACAAGCUGGUGAACGGUUCGUCGUUGUGCCAGCAGGCAGCGUGCGAAGGGGACGAAGUGGAGGACGAGGACAGCGGUUCCGAGCGCAGCUCCUGCGCGUCGUCUUCCACGAACCAGCGUGACGGCAAAUACUGCGACUGCUGCUACUGCGAGUUCUUUGGACAUAACGCGCCCCCUGCAGCUCCUACGAGCCGGAACUACGCGGAGAUCCGAGAGAAGCUCCGCUCGAGGCUGACUCGUCGUAAAGAGGAGCUGCCUCAGAGGCAGGAUCUGGAUCCGGGUGUGACGAGCGCCAUCGAUCACCGGGACGUCGACGAGCUCCUCCACUUCAUCAACUCCACAGAGCCCAAAAGGGUCAACAGCGCCAAGGCCGCCAAACGCGCUCGCCACAAACAGAAGAAGAAGGAGAAGGAGCGUGCGCUACAAGCGUGCAGCGAGCAGCGUUUGUCCUCGUCUCCUCAGCCAGAGGCGAUGGAGGAAGUGGAAGAGGAGGAGCGUGCUCCAGACGGCGAGGCUGGCCGGCUCCUCGAGUGGCCUCAGCUGGAGCUGGAGCGCGUCAACAGCUUCCUCACGUCUCGCCUUGAAGAGAUUAAGAACACCAUCAAGGACUCCAUUCGCGCCUCGUUCAGCAUGUACGACCUCAACCUCGACGUCAGCGACUUCCCCAAAAAGGCCGCCUCGCUCGAGGGCCAGCGCCUGCUGCCUCACCUCAACGGUUCGGCGACUGAGCCGCAGCAGAUCGACCUGGACCUCGCGCCGCUCUCGUUCAAAAACUUUAAAAAGAGUGUGAAGAUUCUCCAAGGCCUUACAAGCGAGAAUAACAACAGCAGCCCCCCUACCACCCCUUCCCCCACCCCCACAAACAACAACAAUACCACCGUUAACACCGCUCCCGCGCCGAGCGACGCACCUAAAUCCAAAGACGAGACCAAGAACGUCACGGGCAACGCCGCCAAAACAAAGAAGGGCAAGAAAAACCAGCGGCAGCAGCAGGAGCAGGCGUCCCAGGAGCAACAGGCCAACUCCAAACCAGCUAAAGCGACAUCUGGAAAUCAGGAGAAAAGCACCGAAGCAGAGAAAGGAGCCAGAGGAGGGUGCAGAGGAGCCCAGCAGCACGGGGAGAGUCAAAAACCCGGGAGCAAAAAAGUAGAGGAAAGCAAGCAAGCCUCCAAGCACAACGGCAACGCAGCCUCGAACGGGAACCAUCACUGGGGUUCCAACAUGCAGAGGGGGAAGAACGACAACGAUGCGCGAAGCCACAAAUCGGAGCACGAAGCAGACGGGAAAAGCAACUCGAACAACGUCGUCAACUCUCACAACUCGCAGCAGCAGCAACAGUCCAAAGGAAAGAAUAAGAAGAACAAGAGCAAGACGGAAAAGUCCAGCAGCGCGAUUGAUGAUGUGUUCCUCCCGAAAGAUCUGGAUCCGACAGAGAUGGACGAGAUCGAUCGCGAGGUCGAGUACUUCAAGAGGUUUUGCCUCGAUUCAGCGAAACAGACGCGACAGAAGGUGGCUGUAAACUGGUCCAACUUCAGCUUGAAAAAGAUGCCGUCAAACGCAGCGCAGUAACGCAGCACGCACUCGCAUACACACACACACACACACACACACACACACACCCACACACACACACACGCCUGGAUGAUGGUAACCGGAGAAACCCCAACUUCCCAAUAGGACUCGACUCUCUUGCCAUCUGAUUGGUCACUCUAGUCUGUAGCCACUGUACUCCUGGCUGGAGGUCGCUGUCUGUCUCUGCCCCUCUGUCUGUACGCCACGGGACCUCGUCACGCACUCUGUCAUAAUCCACCGGAGGAGUUUUUACUGCAUCUCUUAAUCGAGCGGGAUGAGAUCACUCGCAGGAAACCUCAUUACAUCAUUUUGUAGUGUGUAAAUAAUAAUUUUACAAUAAAAAAAAAAGGUUUUAAACCCCAAA